GGCAAGAAGUAAUAGUUUAUUACAAAGAUGAUUUUUUAGUAUGCUCUGAUAAGUUGUUGAUGGAACAAGAUUGUCUUAUUAUGUUGACGUUUUUUCAGAAUUUGGUUCGAUGGCUGUUCUCCACUAACCACAAGGAUAUAGGGACUCUCCAUUCAAUCUUCGGUGCCGUUGCUGGAGUGAUGGGCACAUGCUUUUCAGUAUCAAUUCGUAUGGAAUUAGCACAACCCGGCGAUCAAAUUCUUGGUGGGAAUCAUCAACUCUAUAAUGUAUUAAUAACGGCUCACGCUUUUCCCAUGACCUCUUUUAUGGUGAUGCCGGCGGUGAUAGGUGGAUUUGGGAAUUGGUUCGUUCCGAUUCCUAUAGGCGCACCCGACAUGGCAUUUCCACGAUUGAAUAACAUUCCCUCCCGGUCGUCGCCGCCUUCGCCGUCGCUCCCAUUAAGCUCAGCCUUGGUAGAAGUGGGUAGCGGCACUGGGUGGACGGUCUAUCCGCCCCUAAGUGGUAUUACCAGUCAUUCUGGAGGAGCCGUUGAUCUCGCGAUUUCUAGUCCUCAUCUAUCAGGUGUUUCCUCCAUUUUAGGUGCUAUCAAUUUUAUAACUACUAUCUCUAACAUGCGCGGGCCUGGAAUGACUAUGCAUAGAUCACCUCUCUUUGUGUGGUCCGUUCCAGUGACCGCAUUCCCACCUUUACCAUCACUCCCGGUACUAGCAGGGGCAAUUACCAUGUCAUUAACCGAUCGAAGCUUUAAUACAACCCUUUUCGAUCCUGCUGGAGGGGGAGACCCGAUCUUAUACCAGCAUCCCUUUUGGUUCUUCGGCCAUCCAGAGGUGUAUAUUUUGAUUCUGCCUGGAUUCGGUAUCAUCAGUCAUAUCGUAUCGACUUUUCCGGGAAAACCGGUCUUCGGGUAUCUGGGCAUGGUUUAUGCCAUGAUAAGUAUUGGUGUUCCUGGAUUCCUUGUUUGGGCUCAUCAUACGUUUACUGUGGGCCCAGACGUUGAUACGCGUGCUCACUCUACCGCAGCUACCAUGAUCACAGCUGUCCCCACUGGAAUCAAAAUCUUUAGUUGGAUCGCUACCAUGUGGGGAGGUUCGAUACGAUACAAAACACCUAUGCCAUCUGCUGUAGGGUCCAUCCUUCUGUCCACCAUAGGAGGACUUACUGGAAUAGUCCUGGCGAAUUCCGGGCUAGACAUUGCUCUGCAUGAUACUCAUUACGUGGUUGCACAUUCCCAUUAUGUACUUCCCAUGGGAGCCGUUUUCGCUUUAUUCGCAGGAUUUUACUUCCGGGUGGGUAAGAUCUCUGGUCGAACAUACCCCGAAACUUUAGGUCAAAUUCAUUUUCGGAUCACUUUCGUCGGGGUGAAUUUGACCUCCUUUCCCAUGCAUUUCUUGGGGCUUUCGGGUAUGCCACGUCGCAUUCCAGAUUAUCCAGAUGCUUACGCCGGAUGGAAUGCCCUUAGCAGCUUCGGCUCUCAUGUAUCCGUAGUUGGGAUUCGUCGUUUCUUCGUGGUCGUAACAAUAGCUUCGAGCGGUGAAAAGAACACGAGUGCUCCAAGCCCCUGGGCGAUCGAGCCAACCACACUGGAAUGGAUGGUACAAAGCCCUCCAGCUUUUCAUACUUUUGAAGAACUUCCAGCCGUCAAAGAGAUCAGCUCUCUCCCCCUAUAAAUAUUCUCUGGGUCCCCCUACAAUAGCCCCCGGACCAGCUCUUCAUCUCUAAGCGGCACAAGGAUUUGUCUCUAAGCGGGGGCUCUUCAUCUCUAGUGAUCUAUUCCACUCGAGAGAAAGGGUGGGAGGGAGCUCGAUAGUGGAGGUAGGGUCCAGUGUUGUGCUAAAGAGAAAGGGAAGAGUGGGCGGGAGAUAA